AUGUCAGGCCCCUCAUCUUCUUCGGCAGACGACUUCAUCCUCUCCCUCCCUCCCUGGUCCGGCAGCAGAUUCACCUACCCGCACAUCAACCACUCCGUCCCACCCUCUCUCGAUCCUUCAAAGAACCUUCUCCCACAACCUUUCACUGCAAUCGUCACAGGCGCUUCCCGAGGCAUUGGCGCAGCAACAGCAAAAUGUUUAGCUCGAGCAGGAGCCACAGGCCUAAUAAUCACCGCUCGCAAACUUGAAUCUCUUUCCAAAACCAAAGAAGAACUGGAAGAAAUUUCCAAAGAAAUAAAAGUAGUAGCGAUAGCAGCUGAUAACGCACAAGAAACUUCCGCGAUAGAAAUUAAAGAACUGGUCGAGAAGGAGUUUGACGGGAAACUAGAUCUCCUCAUCAACAACGCAGGAAUCGUAAGCACCAACGAAACGGCUUUCAAACCUCUCCACGAAAUGGAUUCUUCACAAUUCGAAAUUCCUAUCACGACAAACCUUUUCGGAAGAUUUUAUAUGAUCAAACAUCUCCUCCCUUGCUUGCUAUCCUCUCCCCGUCCCACGAAAUCCAUCAUCAACAUCUCCUCCGUAGGCGGCAACAUCUCUGGUCCCCUCGCCUUCUCCCUCUCAGCGCUCGCUACAAACCGUCUAUCCCAACGCGUCGCGGAGAGUUAUGGAAAGGAUGGGGUUUUUUGUGUGGCGGUUCAUCCUGGUGCUGUGCUUCCCAAGGACGAGGAUAUUCCUCCUGGGUUUCCUGAGAGUGUGAAGGAGUGGAGUCAGGAUGAGCCGGGGCUUUGUGGGAGUUUUAUUGUUGAUUUGGUGAGGAGGGAGUGGGAGGAGAGGGAAUGGUUGAAUGGGAGGUAUUUGGAUGUCACGUGGGAUAUGGAGGAACUUUAUAAGAAGAAAGAGGAGGUGGUGGAGGGGGAUAAGUUGAGGGUUAAGUUGGUUGUUUGA